UCGGUGUCGUCAGGUAUCCUUCAGAAAUCCGAUACUGAACAGACAAAAUGGAGUUUUUAACAGGAAACCCGUUUUGUACACCUGUAGGUCAGCGAAUAGAAUAUGCUACAAAGUUGCAGUCAGAAGACUGGGGACUCAAUAUGGAGAUCUGUGACAUCAUCUGUGAGACAGAAGAUGGACCUAAAGAUGCAGUCAGAGCAAUAAAAAAGAGGAUUGUGGGGAAUAAGAAUUUUAAGGAGGUCAUGCUGGCAUUAACAGUUCUGGAGGCCUGUGUGAAAAACUGUGGUUACAGAUUCCAUGUCUUGGUGUCCACCAGAGAGUUUGUAGAAGGGGUUUUGGUCCAAACUAUUUUACCUAGAAAUGAUCCUCCAUUGGUUGUUUAUGACCGAAUACUGACUAUUAUACAGGCCUGGGCUGAUGCAUUCCGUAGUUCUCCAGAUUUAACUGGUGUAGUUUGUGUGUAUGAGGCUCUCCGGAGGAAAGGGAUAAAGUUUCCUGUGGCUGAGUUGUGUAGCCCAAUACACACCCCCAGCAAGCAUAUUUUUCCUGCAACUGGAUGUGAGGCUUCUCUCACACCCACACACCAAACUCGGACCCAACAGCAGACAUCCCCCUGGCAAAACACAGAGGGUCCAGUCAUUUUAUCAUCUGCCCAGGUGACACAGUUGACGUUUGACCUGGAAAAAGCUCAGAAUAACCUUAAAGUGAUGUCAGCAAUAAUGAGUCAGAUGGAUUCUGGGUGCAUUCAGCGGACAAACAUAGAGCUACUGAAGCAGUUGUACUCCAAAUGUAAGGAGAUGCAGGACCAAAUAGUUCAUCUCAUUCCCAGAGUAACUGAUGAGACGCUGAUAGAGCAGCUGCUGGUUGCUAAUGAUGACAUGAACACAACCUUCACACAAUAUCACAGUUUGGAGAAACGUCUUGACAGGCAGAAUUCUGAACAAUCGCAUGCCAACCUCAUUGACCUUGAAGCUCCCUGUAAACCACAAAGCCAAUCACAACUGGAAACUCCGGUGUGUGAAGCAGUCAGUCAAACAGUCAGCAGUCUGUCAAGUCACAUGGCUUGUCUGAGCACAAAGGAGAAGGAUGGUAUUCAGAGAAGUAACUCUUCAGGGAAACUUCAAAAGGGGGACAGUCAGGAAAGCUCUGUAUUAGAUGAACUUGCAGCAGGAAGCAGUCACAAUGCUGAAGUGGCUGACGACCCAGACGCUACCCUCCUCGGCUCCUCACCUCAGUUUCAAUGGAUGGUGGAAAAGGGAAUGAUUCCUGUCAAUCAAAGUGAAGUGAUGGACAACAUUGAGCAGUGGCUUGAUGUGGAUGAUGAUGAUGACUUGGCAGAUGAGGGUGUCACUAGUGAAGAGUUUGAUAGGUUUUUGGCAGGCAGAGCAAAAGCAGCUGAGAGGCUUCCCUCUGUGAAACCUUCAUCUAAUGACCACAUGUCCUCACAACUAUAGUGUUUUACAGGAGCACAAUCAUCCACAGCUAAUAUCCACCAUCAGCGAUCUGUAGCAUCAAGUGGAUUGGUUUGUGCCAUUAUGCUUUACGUAAGGGGAUUUAUAUUUUAUUUAUAUGGUGCUGUAUCCUCUGUCCUCCUUGCACAUUUUUAAAACUCUGGGGUUAUUUCAUUGUCAGAAUAUAGUAUUGUGGGUUGGGGUGUUUUUAUUUAAGUGAGUAGGGGUACUGUGUAAUGCAUAAUACAACCUUGAAAUGACCCACUGACUCUUGUUUUAGGUUUGUGGCACUGAUUUAAUAUCAUUCUCACUUGCACCAAGUUAUUAGAUAUCUUCUACAAAGAGCAGCAUUAUGGCUGUCCUUGAUUUGGGCAUUAAAGAUGUCCAAAUGUUUUGUGGUCCUUUCAGUGCCCAAAGAUAACAGUCUCAUUUUCGAAUGUAUAGGCUUUAUUCAGUCCUCACAAACUGUCCUUAAGGCAGGACAAACAUGACUAAAUAAAUACUUGCCACGUCUAGGGUGGGUAACAUUGCCGCCUCAGAGCCCCAGGGUCCCCGGUUUGAUGCUGAAUUUAAGUUGGUGGGUUUCCUCCUGGUUCCCAAAUUCCCUCCCACCUCUCAGAAACAUGCUGGAUUGGGAAUGAGUGCAGGAAUGUAUGUAGUGUCCUGCGAUGUACCGGCGACCCAUUCAGGGUCCAUUACUGUCUUGUGUCCAGUGAGGUGAGCUGAAUGAAUGGACAUGUCUCUGAGAUUGGCUGCCAACUAUGGUCACUGGCAUCUGGAAGUGGUGAUCUAAAGCACAUCCAGGCUUAGUGUAGGUGGUGCCAUGUCUGCGAAGGAGUGUUGUGUAACGGACUUCACGCAGUUUAAUCACAAAAACUAAAAGGAUACAUUUGAAAAUGCACAUGAUCAAACUACUUACUUUUUAAGGAAUUACUUGGUUACAUUUAUACGUAAAUGAACUGGUUUAUUAAUCUGUAAUUUAUUGAGAGUGCCCAUAAACUGCAUAAUAGCCCUGCCUACAACUGAGCUAACAUCAGAGAAAGGGGUCGCUAGUUCUCUACUAGCUAUUCAAUGUUAAUUUAUUGUCCUGUUUAAUCACAUCUUACUUUAUUUAUUUAACUCCCUAUGUAUGAACUCCAUUAUAAAUUUUUACAGUUCUUAGGCUUGUCUAAAUGGCUUUGUGUGCCUUUUUUUUUUUUUUGUAUUAUUUGUCUGGACCCUUUUCUUUGCAAUACAUAAUCAGCAUAGUAAUCUCAGCUAAAUGUUAAUAGCAAAAGGCAAUGAAAUGCUUCAGUAAACACAUGCCGCUAGCUUAGUUUAGGAUGUGUGCUAACACCAGAAGUGUUGCAUCAGAGAUUUUGUACCCCUGAAUACCAGACUGCAACAUUUUGAGCUGAUUCUAGUUAUACGGAUUGGUGGGGAAGCCAUGGCCUAAAGGUCAGAGAAGCAGCUUUGGGACCAAAAGGUUGCCGGUUUGAUUCCCUGGACUAGCAGGAAUGGCUGAAGUGCCCUUGAGCAAGGCACUGAACCCUAAACUGCUCCCCAGGCUGCUCUGGGUAUGCUGUACGUCACUCUGGAUAAGAGCAUCUGCUAAAUGCCUGUAAUGUAAAAUAAUGUGUUUAGGUCAAAUUUGUUAAAGUGUAAAUUCUUCACUUUAAAAACAGGCGCUAUGUUGGCUUUUCUGUUUAUUUAUAUAUAUAUAUAUAUAUAUAUAUAUAUAUAUAUAUAUAUAUAUAUAUAUAUAUAUAUUCAGGGAGUGUUACAUAGGAUAUACAGUUUAGAGUUCAAGAUUCUGAUACUGAAAUCCCAUUUGUGUGGGAAUCUUAAGAUGGUUUACUAACCAACUAGCUGGUUUGCAUAUUGCAUAUUUAUUCAUAGGUCCUGGAAUUACUUUUGCAUGUAUUUUUUACAUUAAAACAAUAUAAAACAAAUUGCUAUUCUUCAAACUAUUAGUACUUUUUAAAGGUUUAAAAGUACAUGUUUAUGGGUCCUUUGCUGUUAGUUACUGAUAAUAAUGAGUAUGCCAUGGUGUCUCCUUUUUCUAAUUUGAUUAUGAUACUGUGAGAUGUGGAACAUUUUAUAGAAUGUUAAUAUACCAUGUAUAUUCUGUACCAUGUAGAAUUUGUGGUUAUAAUUUUAAAAAAUAACAAUAAAGGGAUGUCAGUAAGCAGUCAGUUGUUUCGCAAUGCUUUUAAAUGAAAUUUGUCAUUUUAUUUUCUUCUAAUGAAAGGUGUGUUCGGGGCGGCAGGGUGGUGUAGUGGUUAGCGCUGUUGCCUCACAGCAAGAAGGUCCGGGUUCGAGCCCCGUGGCCGGCGAGGGCUUUUCUGUGUGGAGUUUGCAUGUUCUCCCCGUGUCUGCGUGGGUUUCCUCCGGGUGCUCCGGUUUCCCCCACAGUCCAAAGACAUGCAGGUUAGGUUAACUGGUGACUCUAAAUUGACCGUAGGUGUGAAUGUGAGUGUGAAUGGUUGUCUGUGUCUAUGUGUCAUCCCUGUGAUGACCUGGCGACUUUUCCAGGGUGUACCCCGCCUUUCGCCCGUAGUCAGCUGGGAUAGGCUCCAGCUUGCCUGCGACCCUGUAGAAGGAUAAAGCGGCUAGAGAUAAUGAGAUGAGAUGAGAAAGGUGUGUUCAUUGACAUUCUCAUUACUUAAUGUUACAUUUGCCUGAAAAUAAGGAGCAGGUUUUAAUAAAUGUAUGUAAUCCUCAUUACAAAGAAGUGUAUGACACCAGUUACAUAAUUUCCCAGGAAUAUCCCUUUAACAUGUUAUUUAACAAGUUAUGGCAGGUUUAAAAUUUAAUCAAUCAGUAAUUAUGGACCAGACUCCAUCCAUUUUGGCAUAUCAUUACAGUGACAUGGUUGCUCUGACGGCUUCAGCUAUCAAAGUCUCUAGGGAACAUUACAGUAGUGGUUUCCCGUUGCUUUCUGCUGGAUUAUUAUAGAGGUUUUCUCCUCUCAACCAUUCGCGCACAGUCAAUUUAGAGCCACCAAUUAGUCUAACCUGCAUAUUUUUGGGGGAAGAUACGCAGGUUAGGAGGAAACCCAUGCAGACAUGGGGAGUACAUG